ACCAUGGCGCCGCUCCCUGCGACCACGCACACGCUCACCGCCCGCCUGACUGCCCUGACCGAGUCCAACAAGUCCGUCGCCCAGCUCAUACAGCGCCUGGCCAAGCUCGACUUCCAGCCCGGCUCGCAGCCACUGCACGCCGACGCCGCCGACGUGCGCCUGGAGCUGAGCGCCGAGAUCCACGAGACGCUGAAGGCCGUUGAGGAGGAACUCGAGCUGCUGCGCCAAGAGGUCGAGGACGUCCUCCAAUACGGCCCCGCCACAGCUGCGAAGCGCAGAGACAGCGCCAGGGAGGCCGAACGCGCGCGGCUAGCUGUCCUGCUCGCGCGCCUCACCGAGGACCUCAAAGCGUCACGCGCACAGUACCGCAAGGCCCAGCUCGUUGCCAAGCACAACGCCGAGCGCGCAAAGCUCAAGGAGCGCGAGCUCCUCUUCUCGAACCUGCAGUCCGGCGCCUCCACGCCAUCGUCCACCUACCGCCAGCGCAGACAGAACAAGGGCCUCAACGAGGACGAGAUUGUCGCCCAGGCCUCGUCCGACGUCACAGCCGCCCUUCGACGAACGCAUGCGUUGAUGCAAAACGAGCUCUCUCGCUCACGCUUCGCCCAGGAAACCCUCGAAGAGUCGACGGCUGCACUCGCCGAUCUAGGAGAGAAGUACGCCGACCUCAACACGCUUCUCGCAAACAGCAGAACCCUCGUCACCACCCUGCUGAAGAGCACCAAGAGCGAUACCUGGUACCUCGAGACCACCUUCUACAUCCUCAUCACGACCAUCAUCUGGCUCGUCUUCCGCCGCUGGCUCUACGGCCCGCUGACCUGGUUCCUGAUCUGGCCCCUGAAGCUCGUCUUCCGCAUCGUCUUUGGCGUCGUCGGCAUCACCACAGCCGCAGGCGCAUCCAAGUCCUCGAGUCUCGCUGUCGUCUCCGGCUCGAGCACCAGUCUCGUCGUGCAGCCAAGUGCGACAGGAGGCCCUCCGCGGAGGAACUUCGAUCCCAACGCCCCACCGCCCAACAAUUACAUCCGUGUUGGUGGCGGAGGCAGGGGUUAUCACCAAGGCGAUCCAAGUCCCCCAGGCUCAGUAAGUCAAGAAGUUGGCAAGAUGGCGGAGCAGGCGCAGCAACAACAACAACAGCAGCAGCAGCAGCCGCAGGCAGAGGAUGUUCAUCCUCAACUAAGGGAGAACAGACAGCAGCCAGACGACGAAGGCCCGGUGAUCCGCGGUGACGGGACUGUGCUGAAGGAGAGUGACAAGCCUCGAAACCCGAAGAAAAAGAUGUGGGAGGAGGACGUGGAGAGGGAGAAGUUUGAGCAGACACAGGAGCAGCAACAAGCAGGCGGUCAGAGGAGGAAACGCGAUGAGCUGUAGCGCAUGCACGGCCUGUCAUGACACGAGAAACAUAAAAACAUAAAGUGGACUACUCUACACGACAUGCAUAUACUGAUAGAAGAACCUGGGUAUCAAAAUCCGCUUCAGCGCUCCCCACGCACCUCAAAACGACGGUAGAGACCCCACCGUCCACACAACAAAAAUGCAUAUGACACUCUCAAACACGAUACUCGUUAUCCC